CUGCACCAGAACCAGCCCUCCGCCCCGGGGAGGUUUUGAUUUUAGUGGCUCCCCUUCCUUUUAUUUUCUGUCGUGAGCGGGGUUUUGGCCUCGGAGCAAACUUGAAGCUCGUCUGAGUACAUGUCAGCGGUAAUCGCCCCUGCAGCCGGUUACCCUGACACCAUGCACUCCGAAGCAGAAGAAUCCAAGGAAGUGGCCACAGAUGUCUUCAAUUCCAAAAACCUGGCCGUGCAGGCGCAAAAGAAGAUCUUGGGGAAAAUGGUGUCCAAAUCCAUCGCCACCACCCUCAUCGACGACACGAGCAGCGAAGUCCUGGAUGAGCUCUACCGAGUGACCAAAGAGUACACCCAGAACAAGAAAGAGGCGGAGAAAAUCAUCAAGAACCUCAUCAAAACAGUCAUCAAGCUGGCCAUUCUCUACAGGAACAACCAGUUUAAUCAAGAUGAGCUGGCGCUGAUGGAGAAAUUUAAGAAGAAGGUUCACCAGCUCGCCAUGACCGUGGUCAGCUUCCAUCAGGUGGAGUACACCUUUGACCGCAACGUGUUAUCCCGGCUGCUGAAUGAAUGCAGAGAGCUGCUGCACCAGAUCAUCCAGCGUCACCUCACUGCCAAGUCACACGGACGGGUUAAUAAUGUCUUCGACCAUUUCUCAGAUUGCGAUUUUUUAGCUGCCUUAUAUAACCCCUUUGGAAAUUUCAAGCCCCACCUACAAAAACUCUGUGACGGCGUGAACAAAAUGCUGGAUGAGGAGAACAUUUGAGCGUAUGAGCGAAGACUGACUGCUCGUGAUUUAUUUGAAAAUGGAGCACUGCUGAUGUAUGAAGGAAAAAAGAAUUUUUUUUUUUUUUUUUUUUUUUUUUUUUAAGAUUACACAUGGUUCAGAAAGACAUUGGCCAAUUCGGUUGGUAGACGUUAGUGGUAAUGUCUUAUGUGGCUUGUUUUAUUGGAAGAAAAGCAUAGUGCCAAAAAUUCUGGUGAAAGGCUCCCUAAUGGUUGACAGAUCAUGGGAAAAGUGUAUGAUGCAAAUAUAGAGUCAUACAAAGAUGAAUAUGUAUGGCUCUAAACCUCAAGACAUCUAUUUUAGAGCAGUUAAUAGCACAUUGGAUAUUUCUAACGUGUACAGAGUUAUGUAUUUUGAUUCACUAUUAUUCCUUACUAUGUGUACGUACCUCUGUUAAGAAGCCGAGGUCUUUCUCUCGCUCUCAUUGUUCCUUUUGAAACAAUUUCAUUUGCGAGUUUACCUUUGGUUGAACAUUCUUGCAUUAAAGAUUGUGUCACUGACAUUCAAGAAUUAAGUCUUCAUGGAGAAUUAAGACACUCAAGAAUUAAGGCGGUCAAAUGGAACCCUCAGAAAAAUUGAAAAACGGCUUCUCUGAAGUCAGUAUUGUAGGAACCAACUGUAUGUGACAUCAUGAAUAAUGUUUCUGGAGUUGAAACGCUUCUGGAGUUGAGUCCUGUUUUUUAGUACCAACAGUGCUACAUCCGAAACGUGGUAAUUCUUGAAAAUGUACUGGUGGCAUCUCUACCCAUUUUUGAUGUGAGAGUCACAGAGGAAAAUCUAGGUGGUUCUUGUAAAACUUAAGUGGUAUUAAGACAGUUACUACAAUCUUUAUUUUAGAGAGGAGCCCGUCAAAAUAAUGUAGGGGGAUAAGGGCCAAAAAGGAGGAAAGCAUAUUGCUGUAGCAUGUGAGAAUGGAAAUAAAAGGCAUUUCAAUGUUUAAUAAGGUUUGAUAGGUAAAUAAAGAAUGUCACUUUUUUAUUUAACUAUAAGGUUUUUGCUAUUUUGUUAUUUGCUAUUUUGAUAAGUAAACCAAAGAAUAUGUGCAUUCUAA